AGAAAAAGUAAAAUUAUUGUGGCCUUUUUUUCUUGGGAAGGUGAAUACUGGAGUCUCUGUUGUGUCUAAGGGCAGUGUGUAUAGAAGAUGUUCAGAAUGUGGUUGGGAUCAACAAGGUCAAUUCGUGGAAAAAGCUAUAUAGUAAAUAGAACAAGGCUAAAGUGGUGUUUCCACCAAUGGUUUUUACUGUGUCACACACCAUGUGCAUACAACAAAAGGAGGAAUGAAAGGAGUGGUGCAGAGUACAGCUGCCUGUUUUCACUGAAUUCUGGACAGGGCAUUUCUUUACUGUUCUGAGGCUGUUCUGCUUUGUCCCAGAUUUUUGGCGAGGUUUCAGACAAGAUACACCUGGGCUCUGGGCUUCACAAGCCUCAUCCUUUACAGUCUGAAAGUUACUAGCAUGGUAAUAAGGCUUGUGACUACUGAGUCGACACUCAAUUUUUUAGCUAAAUACGAAUAGUACAACAGACAGAACCAUAACGAUGGAAAAGUAAGAAUUCUCAGCGAGUGGAAGUAUUUUUGGUUAUCCCAAGGCAGAGGGAAAAAAGCAGCCUGUGUGAUUUAGCAGAGAGAACUUAAUGUUCUUUUUUGUGAGAGGCUGCAAAUAAAAGUGAGCUACAACGCACCGUUGAUUUAUGUAACUGAAAAUCUUGCCACAUUGUGCACAGAGCUAUUAGGGGGAGCAAAUACCACGUUAGGAACAAGUGAAAACUCUGUAAACUCAUGCUUAAAUUAAAUGUUCAAAAUUAUACAGUAAUAUACAAUCCUUGCUUUACGUCAGCAGGAAUGUUCGCUCAAACAUGUGAAGCAAUGAUAUCAGUGGAAACAUCACCCAGAGUGGGCCAACCCAGUGCAGUGGGAUGGCACUUGGAGGGAUCCCAUCAUGUUACAGGGAAAACUUGGCUCUGUGCUAAGGACUGCAGCUGGCCCACCCUUGGACUCUAUCCCUGCCUUGCUCCUGGGAAGCUCCCUUAGAAGCAGCCUGGCAGGAGCUGCUGUGCACUGCCACUUUAAGGCGUGCAUGCACUUCCAGGCUCAGGUCCUGCCACUGCUGCAGCACAGGGCGAGAUCUUCUGCUUCAGGGCUAGGGACUGCUCGCUGCUCUCUGCUCAAUAAUGCUUGGCUGCUUCAGAGACGCCUGGCCGGGAGCUGAAGGCUUCCUCCCAGCGUAGCAGAGUUCCACCUGGUGCUGGGGCAGCUGCCACCAUGGCAGCAGCACCAGGCACUGCUGCUGCUCCAGCAAAACCUGCGAAGUCCGGCAAGAAGCAUCGGAUGGUGAAGCGGCACGCCAACAUCUACACCUACCAGGAGCCACCCCACAGCAACUCAGAUGAGGAUAUCAGUGAAGAGAAGGCCGACAGCCAUGACCCAGAGCAAAUCUUCCAGAACAUCCAGUACCAGAAGGAGGUCAUGUCCAACAUCCGCUGCAGGCCGUGGCCGAUGAGGCAGAAGCUGCGGGUGCUCAGACAGGCAAAGGAAAUCGUGCUGAAGUACGAAGGGAGGCUCACUAGAACCAGAGGUUACCAAGCUGCUGGUGCAGAGCUUUGGAGGAAGUUUCUCCGAAUGGCGUAUAAUUUUGUGGUGCUUUUUAUUCCUUGGGAAAUGCGAAUUAAAAAAAUUGAGAGUCAUUUUGGGUCUGGAGUUGCCUCUUACUUCAUCUUCUUGAGAUGGCUAUUUGGAAUCAAUAUUGUACUUACCAUAAUGACAGGAGCAUUUGUAGUCUUACCAGAGCUACUGGCCGGCACGCCAUUCGGCACCACUUCCCGCAAGACCAUUCCCCAGGAGCACGAGAAAACUGCGCAGGACCUGGACACCAUCUGGUCACUUGGGGGCUACCUCCAGUACUCUGUUUUGUUUUAUGGCUACUAUGGCAAUGCUACGAAGAUUGGGACAGCAGGAUACCGGCUGCCUCUCGCCUACUUCCUGGUUGGCAUGGCAGUGUUUGCUUACAGCUUCAUCAUCCUCUUAAAAAAAAUGGCAAAGAACUCAAGAAUGAGCUUAGCAAGUGCUUCUGAUGAAAACUACACUUUCUGCUGGAGACUGUUCUGCGCCUGGGAUUAUUUAAUAGGAAACCCUGAGGCUGCAGAGAGCAAAGCUGCUGCCAUAGUUAACAGCAUACGGGAAGCUAUACUGGAAGAGCAGGAAAAGAAGAAAAGCAAAAACCUGGCAGUGACAAUAAGCUUAAGGAUUAUUGCAAACAUCCUCGUGCUUCUCUCGCUCACUGGAAGUAUUUACAUCAUUUACUUUGUCGUGGAUCGAUCUCAAAAGUUAGAGAGCAAGAAGAUGGAAUUGACCCUUUGGGAAAAAAAUGAGGUCAGCGUAGUUGUGUCACUGAUUACCAUGAUUGCACCCUCUGCUUUUGAACUUGUGGCAGCUCUAGAGAUGUACCACCCGAGGACCACUCUUCGUUUUCAGCUUGCCAGAGUUCUUGUUCUCUAUCUGGGAAAUCUCUACAGUUUGAUCAUUGCUCUCCUGGAUAAAGUGAACAGUAUGAAUGUCAGUCUUUCAAGACAUUUAUUUUUUCAGGUUAACAACAAUUCAAGUAAUUCUACCACCUCCUAUGCAACCAGAACUCCUCUUAAAGAAGACAAUUUCUCUGCAGCUAUUUCUGAUAUACAAAUGAAGAGCAACAGAUCUCACACUCAAAGCUUGCCAGCCCCUGAUUCACUGGUUAACAACACAGUUUCCCCUGCCUACACCCAGAAUCAGUGCUGGGAGACCUAUGUUGGUCAAGAGAUGCUAAAGCUGUCAAUCAUCGACAUGAUUUUCACAGUUGCGAGCAUCCUGCUAAUUGAUUUUUUCCGUGGACUGUGUGUCCGAUAUUUAAGUGAUUGCUGGUGCUGGGACCUAGAAAGCAAGUUCCCAGAAUAUGGUGAAUUCAAAAUUGCAGAGAAUGUACUGCAUUUGGUCUACAAUCAAGGAAUGAUCUGGAUGGGAGCCUUCUUUUCACCUUGUUUACCGGCAUUCAAUGUUCUCAAGUUGAUUGGACUCAUGUACCUGAGGAGCUGGGCUGUGCUAACGUGUAAUGUACCACAUCAGCAGGUUUUCAGAGCCUCUCGAUCCAAUAAUUUCUACUUGGCCAUGUUGCUGUUCAUGUUGUUUUUAUGCAUGUUACCAACAAUUUUUGCUAUUGCUCGAUACAAGCCAUCUGAUAGCUGUGGUCCCUUCAGUGGACAAGAAAAAAUAUAUGAUAUUGUUUCUGAAACAAUUCGAGAUGAUUUUCCCCAGUGGUUCAAUACUGUGAUUACUUAUAUCAGCAGUCCUGUGGUGGUCCUACCUGCACUCUUACUUCUAUUCAUGCUGAUCUAUUACCUACAAAGUAUUGCAAGAUCACUGAAAUUCACCAACAAUCAGCUGAGAAUGAAGAUCCAAACAGAAAGAACUGAAGAUAAGAAAAAGGUGGUUCAGAUGGCAGUGGGACAGAACCUAGUAGGCAUUCCUGAUGAUUCUAAUCAUGUCAGGCUUUGCAGAGUCUAUUCAGAGGGUACCAGAAUCCAGAAUCUGGAUGGGAGUGACAAAAGACCAGACCAAGAUGGUGGUCUUAUUAGCCAGGAGUCUUCUGUUCGGGCCUCAACCCCACGGAAGAAUGGCAGUGUCUUGAACUUUGAAUCUCCUGUGAGCAAAGGCACCAGAAUACAAACCAUUUCCCAGUCUGUGCCCCACACCGUGCCCUCGACUGAUGUAGCAAGACCUGUCAACGCCACUCCCACAACUUCAGCUUCUUUAACUCCAGCUCCCUCAGUAUCAAGCGUACAGAAACCAAGAAACGACCAUACCACUAACAGGUACCCAAGUGUUGUGCAUGGGAGUGCAAGUGAGCUCUGUAAAACGAAGUCCUACACACCAGUGACUUUCAAAAAGCGUAUUGAAGAUGUUCACUCUGAGCCUCUCUUUAGAAAAAGCAUAAGGCCGGUAAAUCCAGAUGCCUUUGGAGCAGGGGCUCCUGUUUUUGUGGGACGCAGACCACAUGCUACCAGGUUCUUUGUUGUUAAUGAAAAUGAACCCCGCAAAAAAUCAGCCCGUUCUACCUCUCGACUCCAAAGGCAAUUCCGAAUAGAAGAGCCGGAAGAUAUUAUUGAGUUGUAUCCACGCAACAUCAGAAGAUACGUGGUUCAAACACCACAACGCAUGUAUUCUCCUCAUGCCAGUGAAGAUGAGGAGGACGAAGAGGAACUUGGGAGACGCUAUGUGAAGAGAUCCCAUCGCCCUCGGUCGCUAUCUGACCUUCGCCCAGCACCACGAUUUUACAUUGGGGAGUGUGCUGAUGGCCACGUUCUUACAAGCAAAGACCUAGCCAAAGUGCAUUACAAAUCCUGGGAUGAUGGUUUUGAGCUAGACCUGGACAGGCCUCCAUAUGCCUACAAGAAAGUGCACCUGAAAAAUGUUGAAGUGGAUCAGCACUAUCUUGAGCCACAUGUGAAACCUAAAACGAAGCAUACGCUGGAGCAAUCACUAACAGAAUCUGAUUCCAUUUCCAUUGAAUCCAGCAGUGACCCACAGAACAGCAGCAACGACCAAUACAUCCAGGUCAUUCAUAGCAAGGACAAGUACCUGAAACCAGGGACAAAACUCGCCAAAAAGAAAUCAAAAAACAAUAUCGAACUGAGCAUGUCUGAGCCUAAUGAACUGGUAUGCUCAAAUGUCUGAGAAAGUGCCCCAGCCUUUCUGUGUUUAGAACAGGCGUUUGUGCAGUCAUUGCACUUGCUGUUUGAGGUCCAUUAGAAUAACUACCACAGUCUUUGGAACAACUGCAUGCAGCCAUUCAAGGUGGGAAAAGUAUAGUUAGUCCUGUGUUUUACUGUUAACUGUACCUUGCUUUGAUAUCAUUCCCCUUUAUUACACGUUACGCUGUUUAAAAAAAACCAACCUACUGGAAAAUCAAAAGCAAUGUAUUUGGGGCACCUGAAAUAAACCUGUGCAGAAAUGUGUCAGACAAGGCUGUCUUUGACAUGGACGCAGAAAGAUGCUCCCACUGAAUCCACGCAGCAGAUAACCACCAUCCUACACACAGAACUGCUCCCUGCAGUAUAGAAUCACAGAAUCAUGU